AUGGAGGCCCAACCAGAUCCGGCGCAGGUUUCGCAGGCCGUAGAUGCAUUGGCUCGAUCGAUCCUGGCACAACGUAUCCAGACGCACAAAGACAAGCCGGAGCGUCUACGGAAGCUGGAGUUCUUCAAACAGCAGUUUGAUGCACUGCUGCUCGCGCAGCACAACAUCGACGGGAAGACUGGUCCAAAGAUGAGCCUCGACGUAGCACGGCUCGAUUCUGAGCUGCAGCAAGGGCUGACCACUCUCGAGCGCGACGGGGGCCAAUACGUGCUUCUGCCUUUGUCGCCAGGUGCUGGUCUGCCGCAAGGUCCAGCUGGGGACGCAAAGUCCACGUUUGGGUCUUCCAAGAAGAAAAAGAAGAGCAAGCUGUCGUGCUCGUUUUGUAACACACAGGGCCACACCCGCGCACAUUGCGAGAAGAGAAAACUCGCACCCAAACCGUAA